UGAAAGUGCGGCCUCACCUCACCGAUUGUAACCCUAAAUCCUUCUCCACUUUCCUUGCUUACUCCCUUCUGUCCUCUAUCAACCUUCACACUUUUAUCCUAAUUUCUCAUUCUUUCCUCAGCCGUUUUCAAUCCGUCGGACUGUUUUUUUCUUCGCCGGCGUAGAUGAUGUCCGACGAGGAAAGGGAGGAGAAGGAGCUCGAUCUUACUUCUCCUGAAGUAGUCACCAAAUACAAAAGCGCCGCUGAGAUUGCCAACAAGGCAUUGCAGUUGGUGAUAUCCGAAUGCAAACCAAAAGCAAAGAUUGUUGACGUUUGCGAGAAAGGGGAUUCAUUCAUUAGAGAGCAAACUGGCAAUGUGUACAAAAAUGCCAAGAAGAAGAUUGAAAGAGGUGUUGCUUUUCCAACUUGCAUUUCUGUUAACAACACUGUAUGUCACUUCUCACCCCUUUCAUCCGACGCGACAGUGUUGGAAGAGGGCGAUAUAGUUAAGAUUGACUUAGGUUGUCAUAUUGACGGGUUUAUUGCUGUGGUCGCUCAUACUCAUGUGCUCCAAGAAGGUCCCGUUACAGGAAGAGCUGCCGAUGUUAUUGCAGCUGCUAACACUGCAGCCGAAGUUGCGUUGAGGCUCGUGAGGCCUGGAAAAAAGAACAAGGAUGUUACAGAAGCAAUUCAAAAGGUUGCUGCAUCUUAUGACUGCAAAAUCGUCGAAGGUGUUCUUAGCCAUCAGCUGAAGCAGUUUGUGAUUGAUGGGAACAAGGUUGUAUUGAGCGUUGCCAAUCCUGAGACGAGGGUUGAUGAAGCAGAAUUUGAGGAGAACGAGGUGUACUCAAUAGAUAUAGUUACAAGCACAGGAGAAGGAAAGCCCAAGUUGUUGGAUGAGAAGCAGACAACUAUUUAUAAAAGAGCUGUGGACAGGAACUAUCAUUUAAAGAUGAAAGCCUCUAGAUUUAUUUUCAGUGAAAUAACUCAGAAGUUUCCUAUAAUGCCUUUCUCAGCAAGGGCUUUGGAAGAGAAAAGGGCUCGGCUUGGAUUGGUGGAAUGUGUUAACCAUGAUCUUUUGCAGCCAUACCCUGUUCUUCAUGAGAAGCCUGGUGAUUACGUUGCUCAUAUCAAAUUCACCGUUUUGCUGAUGCCUAAUGGAUCCGAUCGAGUCACAUCUCAUCCCCUGCAGGAUCUGCAGCCUACAAAAACAAUUGAGGAUCCUGAAAUCAAGGCAUGGUUGGCAUUGGGCACGAAGACAAAGAAAAAGGGUGGCGGAAAGAAGAAGAAAGGUAAGAAGGGAGACAAAACAGAGGACCCUAAAGAUGCUGAUGAGCCUAUGGAUGCCACAGUCAAUGGUGGUGCCUCCCAAGAAUGAGCACCCAAAAACCACACUCUAAAAAAGAAGUAAAAGGACAAAACAGGAAAUCCCCCUUCGCUUUUUCUUUCUUGAAAUUUGGCUUUACCUCGUUUGUACACACAAUGAGCAGGUGAUGGUUGCCAGAUUUAAAGUGGUGAAACGUUCUUUAUUAAUGAAUCCAACUUCUCUUUUGUAUGGUUGACAUACUUGGAUUUUGAUAGUCGGUGAGAUGUGCGACUGAAUCACCCUAA